AUGUUUAAUUCGAUUUACAGAGGUUUUCUUCAUGCGAUUGGUAGGACGUCUGUUAGAAUUAUUUCACGAAACCCUAAAUCCCGUUUGGUUCAACUCAGCCCAUUUGCAUCAGCAGCAACAAACAGAUCAAAACCUAGAUCAAAAAAUGAAAAUAGAGAAAAUUUUACUGUUAAUUACCUCAUCAACACAUGUGGGUUUUCGCCAGAAAAGGCUCUUUCAGCCUCCAAGUACGUGAAUUUUGAUUCUGCAGAAAAACCCGAUUCUUUUAUUGCGUUGUUAAAGAAUCAUGGUUUCACGGCAGAGCAAAUUGAACUCAUGGUGAAAAGGUUCCCUUCAAUCAUAUUAUGUGAUCCUAAGAAGACUGUUUUGCCAAAAAUCGAGUUUUUCCGGUCGUCAGGCAUGCCGGAGAGGGACGUGUUGAGUAUUUUCUGUGGGACGCCUAAUAUUUUCAAGAGGAGUUUGGAGAAACAAAUAAUACCAUCUUAUAAUUAUAUAAAGAAUUUGUUCGAAUCGAAUGGGAAAAGUUUCGGUUCAUUGAAACGCUUAGCUGAGAUCUUCUGUUGUGAUCUUCAAUCUCGGUUGUUGCCUAAUAUCGAAGUUCUAAGAGAGGCGGGAGUCCCUGAAUCGAAAAUUGUGGUAUUGCUGCAAUACCAACCUAGGGCACUGAUGGUAGGAAAGGAGAGGUUCAAAAAGGUUGUCGAGGAAGUUAGGGAACUGGGUAUUAGACCUUCGAGUUUGAAGUUUAUUCUAGCAGUUCAGGCAUUUAGGGCGAUGAAUAAAUCGACCUGGGAGAAGAAGGUGGCGCUUUAUAAGAAGUGGGGGUGGUCGGAAGAUGAGAUUAUCUUGGCAUUCGAGAAGCAUCCUUAUUGCAUGAUGAUAUCCACUGAUAAAAUAACCGCGGUAAUGGAUUUUCUUAUAAACAAGAUGGGGUUUGAAUCUUCAGUAGUGUUGAAUAGGCCAUCGCUACUUUCAUUUAGCUUAGAGAAUAGGAUUAUCCCAAGAUGUUCUGUUUAUAAAGUUUUGUUGGAGAAAGGUUUGAUCGAUAAAGGCACACAUUUGGUCUCGCUAGUGGAAUAUACAGAAAAGAAGUUCUUACAGAGAUUUGUGCAGCGCUACGAGAGGGAAGCUCCCGGGCUCUUGAACCUAUAUGAGAAAUAA